UUCCAGUAAAUUUUUUCCCUCUCUUUUUUUCAAUUGAAGUAGAGAUAUGUGGGUCCCAGUGUGUUUUUUGUGUGUUUUGAUAAGUUCCAGUGCAUUCUGUACAGUUCUGUGCAGGAAAAAUGCAGGCUGUUCUACUUUUUCUUCUGCAUUUGGAAUGCACUCCUCGAACUGCAAGCACUGAUGUGAACUAUAACAUUGACAACCAUAUAACCUACUUUCUGUGCGUUUUGGAUGCAGAAAAAAGCAACUGAAACUCAUAUAGUGUGAACUGGCCCUUAGAG